GUUAAGUCAACUACUAUAUUUCAGAUUCGCUUCAAAAAUGCAUGCAAAUUCUGUCUGUUGUUUUUGUUUGUUGUGUGCAUUGCUGGACUUGUGUCGGCGAAGCCACAAGGAGAUCUUAAAGACUCUACCGAUUGUGGUGAAAAUGAGAAUUCACAACCUGCGGAACAUCUGUCCACAGAGAUGCGAAGGAGGCUCUUAUUGUGGAAAAAUGAGGAAUUCACAGAAUGCGGCACCGCCUGCCCGCCAAAAUGCGAACAAAGGAAUAGUCCAAACUUAUGCACGCUGCAAUGCAUUGUCGGCUGUCAGUGCAAGAGUGGCUAUGUGUUGAACAAUCAAGGAAGAUGUGUCCUGCGAAGGGAUUGUUGAGUGACAACACAAAUUAAAUAGAAAAAUUAAGGAAAUUUUUAUUGUUUGAGUAAUCGGUCACUGGAUUGUGUUAUGAGUGUAUGAUUUUAAUAAAUAACUGAAAUAUUAAAAUAUGUGAGUAUAUAAAAUAAAAAUUAAAA